CCCAAAACGCUCCCAUUUCAAUCCCAAACCCCAAAAAACAUCAAAAAAGUAAAAGAAAAACCCCCUCUUCACAGAUCGAAGCCAUGACCUCGUAGAGAAGAAGAAGAGAGGAUCUAGAGAUAUGUCUGUGUUGGCUGCGAGCACUGCUCAGAUUCUGUACAGCGAAGUUCAUCAUAAUCAACACCAAAUUGCGAGCAAUGGGGCGAGGCGGUGUUUUGUGAACAGAGAUUUUGGGUCUGUUUUAUUUGGCCGGAGAAAUGGAGAGCAGCGGAGGCUGCGGAGGAGGGAGUUCAGGAUGGGGACGGAAGCUGGGUUUUGGCCGGAUCUGUCCCGGCCGGCUAUGGUGGAGAUGGAGUCCAUUGAGGAUUCCGAGCAGCUUGAUCGGAUUUUGGCUCACGCCCAGGAACUGUCUCAGCCGGUUCUUAUCGACUGGAUGGCAACGUGGUGUAGGAAAUGCAUCUACUUGAAGCCUAAAUUGGAGAAACUUGGUGCUGAUUAUCUUACCAAAGUGAAAUUUUACUAUGUGGAUGUGAAUAAGGUCCCUCAAUCUCUAGUUAAACGUGGAAACAUCUCUAAAAUGCCAACAAUUCAGCUUUGGAAGGAUGGAGAAAUGAAAGCGGAAGUGAUUGGAGGGCAUAAAGCUUGGCUUGUGAUCGAAGAAGUUAGAGAAAUGAUUCAUAAGUUUAUUUUAUAAUCGAGUUCGAGUUCCACACGAGAAGCACGUUCCUCAUUCUGUUCGGUUGUUCAAUCUCUAGGCAAUGGUUCUUAAGACUUCAUGAUUUUCGUUUAUAUGUUUUUAUCUUCUGAAAAUUUAAUGUACAUAUAUUAUAAAAAAAAAUGUCAAUAUUGAUGAAAAUGUUA